AUGUCUUCCCAGCUCUCCCAGCUCUCUUUAGAGCAAAUACGUCACAAUACCCAAAUUGCUAAUCAACACAAAUACCCUGGGAGACCUCGCACUCAUCAACCUCUACCAAGCGAACCCGAAAAUGGCAUUCAGGUCCCCCCUCUUAUCGACAGACAACGUCGCCAUUGGGUUGAUGGAAUCAACGAACAAGCUCUUGUAAAAGCUUUCCAUCAUUUCCGAAAUCAAGAAGGUGAUUUCGAAACCGGUACUUUCACACGUUCCUCCUACCCCCCAAAAACUCUUGGAAUCACUGCUACCCUUUUCUCCACCUGGCUUUCGAAGGAACAAUCGAUUGUGAACUCUCCAAAAGGAUCCCACAGGACUUUCAAUACACGCCAAUGCACCCGCCCUAUCAUGAAGCAGCGUCUCUACGAUAAGUUCUGUUUUCAUAGAACCAUCGGAAAGCAUAUCACCCACCGCUGGUUUACUCGCUACACUAAAGAGAUUUAUCAGGAUCUCUACCUUUUGAAACGAUGGUAUCAGUUCAACAGGCGUAACACUAUUCGAAACAAUAAUUCUGAUGCUGGAAAUCCAUUGAAUGAAUUUAUCAAUAACCCUAGAAUUGGACGAUUUCUCCUCUCGAACAUUGCGAAUAUGGAUCAAACCCUUUUUGCUUUCGAAUUUGGAUCUACAGAACAGAGUUACAAUCACAAAGACAAUAAUAUUGUAUUUUUGAAGGAGAGUAAAAGCAGAUGGGAAAAAUGUCAAGCUACUCUACAAAUCGUGGUUUCUACAAAUAACAUUCCUCGAUGCAAAUCUUUUAUUAUAUUCAGAGGGGUAGAAAAUUCUGGUAAUAAGAUACGACAGCGAGAGCUCAAGAAAUAUCACAAAGGGGUAGAUAUCAUUUUCAACCCUAAGGGGUAUUACAACGCUAAGGAGCUUCUGAAAUGGUUCAAAAACCAGUACAAAUGGUCUACUAUGGAAUCUCCUACUGAGAAUAAACCUCGUCUAUUGACUCUAGACUCUUUUGCCGCUCAUAAAGGACAAGGUCGCAAAAUCAAGGUAAAGGAAUCGGUCUCUGAACGUCAAAUUCGGGAAAAGAGUAUUCUUGAUGUAAUAUUUCUUCGACAAACUCUGAAGGACCUCAAUAUGACUACUUCUAUCAUUCCCGGGGGUACUACCGGUUAUAUACAAGUGCUUGAUGUUUCUGUCAAUAAGACUAUGAAAGAUCUAAUUCGAAAUCUUGAAGAGGAGUAUUAUGAUAAUAAUCUUGAACAAUGGAAAGCAGGAAAGUAUUCAACAGCUGAGCGUCGAGUUCUUUUGACAGAAUGGGUUGGGAAAGCUUGGGUACAGUUUCAUGAGGAAUAUCAGAGUACAAUCGUUAAGAUAUUUCGGCAUUUAGGAUUAUCUUUAAAUCCUGAUGGUUCUGAAGACCAUGAAUUAAAAAUCAGAGAUCUACCAGAUUUUGAAAUUGGGGACUUUUCCCGAACUCUUUCACCCGCAAUCGAUACCCUCCCUAUUCUUGAAACCCAAGAGGAGGUUGAAGACGAGGCCAUUGUGACUGAUGCUUAUACUCUUAAUACUCUCCCCUCCUCUCAGAUGACUUCAAGGCGUAGAGCUUUUCGUACAGUAACUUAUCAUAUUGUAGAGGAAAGAGCAAGUGGAAUAUCUGGGAAUUUCGAUUCAGAUAAUGAAACUACUACAUGCACCGACGAUGACACAGAUUCUGAUAGGUCUCUUGAUCUCUCUGACUUUGAUAAUGAAAUGGAUGGUGAUGAUGAUGGAGAUGAUAUGAAUAUGGAAUAA